CGUGAGUUCAGAGCGGCGGUUUGUCUCAGUUUAACCCGAGGGAGCGGAACGUUUGAUCGGUUUGGGGUGCAGGAAGGGCUCCGUUACUCUCGUAUCUACUCAAACAAAUAAACAAACAGUUUAUUUCUGUUUAUUUGUUUACAAAGUGACGCGAUGUGUCGAUAAUGAGAGCCGAGGAUGAGGAGGAGCAGCGGGAGCAGAGUUUAGAGGAGGACCGUGUCUUCAUCAGAGGAGAGGACAGGUGAGCAGGACAGGAAGGAGUCCAAACUCCCACAUGCUGAAACGUUUCUGCAGAAAACUCUGAUCAUUUACGACAAGAACGAACCCAUUAUCAUGAGUCAAAGGCCGAUGCUGUUGAAUCUCAGCGUUGAGGCGUGUCUCCCUCUGCAGCUGCGUCUGUUUGUUUCUGUAACACUGGCACUGUUUUGAUCUGAGAGUUUGUGGCUGAGGCUGCAGUGAAGGUGUGAACUUCCCCUGUGAUCCUGUUUGAGGAGAGGCAGCCGUGGUGCAUCAUGGGAUCUUUCCGGCGUCCCAGGCCGAGGUUUAUGAGCUCCCCGGUUCUGUCGGACCUCGCCCGGUUUCACGCCAGCUCACCAUCUCUGCAGAUCUCCAACGCCAGCGUGUGGAACAGUGUCCAAUCAGCUGUGAUCAAGGUGUUUCAGGGCGGAGCUCUGCAGACUAACGAGCUGUACACCCUUAAUGAGAGCAUCAGGUGGCUCCUAAAAACAGACAUGGGCUCCUUCAUCACCGACUACUUCCAGAACCAGCUGCUGACUCGAGGCCUGUCUGAAGUCCUUGACCAGAUCCUCCUCCACUCAGGCGAGGACCAGCUCACGGUCCUGGCCGACAUGUGGGACAGAUUCUUCACCGAGAUCCUCCCCACGCUGCAGGCCAUCUUCUACCCGGUCCAGGGUCACGAGCUCACCGUCAGGCAGAUGGCUUUGCUGGCCUUCAGAGACCUGGUGCUGCUGAAGCUCCACCUAGAGGAGACUCUGGGAAGUUCAGCCUCCGUCCCUCCAGCGGUGACACAGAUGCUGCUGGUGCUGCAGGGGAUCCAUGAGUCUGGAGGUCCCAGUUUGGAGUAUUACCAGCUGGAGCGUCUGGUGGAGAUCGUCAUCUCUCCGUAUCUCAGCAACGUUCUUCACAGCAGAAACCAGCAUCUACUGGAAUCCCGCCAUCUUCGAUCAUCUGGGUCGUUGCUAGUCGACCAAUCACAGCCGGAGAUCACCGUCACUCAGCAUCACGCCUCCUCCGACUCCUCGUCUCUGGCUCCCCUGGUGGAGCAGGAGGGCGAGGCCUACCUGGAGAAGACGGGUGGCGUGCGUCGCCACACGGUUGCCAAUGCUCACUCAGACGUCCAGCUGCUGUCAGCAUCAGGAAGGAUGCUCGCUGGGACGGAGGAGGACGGCGGCAUGGGAGGGGGAGAGGGAGGGGUGGCGUUUUUAGUUGGGGGUCGGCCGAUGAGUCCCAGGCCGUUCUCAAGCCAACCGGACAUGGUGGAGUCGCCAAGGGGUGGAGUUAUCUGCUAACGGCGGGGCAUAAGAGACUCAGAAAUGUGAGACGAUUCGGAGAAGACAGGAGGAAAUGUUUGGGAAUUAAAAACGAGAACGACGAAGAAACAGCGGGUGGAAAAAAAAAACACAGGAUAAGGAAGGAAAGAAGGAACGGAGAGAAAAAGACGUUAAAAGGAGACGGGAGACGGUUCAACAAAAGAAAGGAAUCAUAGGAGGAGAAACAGGAAACGAUAUGAAUGAAAGCAGAAAGCUAACAGGAAGAGAAGAAACCAGAGCUCAGGACAGUAAAACAAACAGGAAGAUGACGGAGGUGUCCCACUGUUCCCAGCAGGAUGGUGGCUCUGGUUCGUACUGGGAGGAAGAUGAUCUUAACAGUGACUCUGGAGUUUAUUAAAGAGCAGCUCUGAUCCUGGAUCAGACUCUUCAGGGGUUUAUAUCCUGUGGAUGUGACAGGACUCUCCUCAGGUCAUGUACAUUUGUUCUUUUAGGAUUGUUAAUAUCAAU